CAUGUGACCAGCAAUUGUUGAUGACGUCAAGAACAGGAUUGACCUUGGGACACCGGUAAACCUGUACAGCGAAAACUAAAAAUGUCUUUAUUUCGCACAGUUGCAAGUAAUGUCUUGCGUCAAAACAAGGCUUUUCUGCCGGCUGUGAGUGUAAGGCACUCCUCUUCUUCCACAAAUCUGAAAGAUGUCCUGGCAGAUGUCAUUCCAGAAAAACAGAAGGAAGUGGUUGAAUUGAGGAAACAAUAUGGUGACAAAGUGGUGGGAGAGGUCACCCUCAACAUGAUCUAUGGAGGUAUGCGUGGCAUCAAGGGUCUAGCCACCGAAACAUCUGUCCUUGAUCCUGAUGAGGGAAUCCGUUUCCGUGGGUAUAGCAUACCAGAAUGUCAAGACAUCCUGCCCAAGGGUGAUGGUGGAAAGGGGAAGCAGCCCCUGCCAGAGGCUCUGUUCUGGCUACUUCUCACAGGAAAGGUGCCCACACAGGCUCAAGCUGAUGCCGUCACAAAGGAAUGGAAUGACCGCGCAGCCCUCCCAAACCACGUGACGACCAUGCUGAACAACUUCCCCGCAAUCCUUCACCCCAUGGCACAGUUCAGUGCUGCUAUCACAGCACUCAGCAGUGAGAGCAAAUUUGCAAAAGCCUACUCAGAGGGUGCCAAGAAGACAGCAUACUGGGAGCAUGUCUACGAGGACUCCAUGGACAUGAUUGCCAAGCUGCCAACCGUGGCCGCCCUCAUCUACAGGAACCUGUACCGUGAGGGUACUUCUGUAGGCACAAUAGACCCAGCCAAGGACUGGAGCUGGAACUUCACCUCCAUGCUGGGAUUUGAGAACAGUGACUUCACAGAACUCAUGAGGAUGUACCUUUCAAUUCACAGUGACCACGAGGGUGGCAACGUCAGUGCACACACAACACAUUUAGUGGGCAGUGCUCUGUCUGACCCCUACCUCAGCUUCGCUGCUGGCAUGAACGGUUUGGCAGGACCCCUUCAUGGCCUAGCCAAUCAGGAGGUGCUUGUUUGGCUGACCAAGGUUCAAGAAGACUUCGGAGGUGAGGUGUCUGAUGAAAAACUCAAAGACUGGGUGUGGAACACGCUCAAGUCUGGACAGGUUGUGCCUGGUUAUGGACAUGCUGUGCUACGCAAAACUGAUCCUCGGUAUCAAUGCCAGCGAGAGUUUGCACUGGAGAAGCUACCCAACGAUCCCAUGUUCAAGCUCGUGUCUCAAUUGUACAAGAUCGUACCGGAUGUGCUCUUACAACAAGGCAAGGCCAAGAACCCCUGGCCCAAUGUUGAUGCUCACAGUGGUGUACUCCUUCAGUACUACGGGAUGAAAGAGAUGAAUUACUACACUGUUUUGUUUGGUGUAUCACGAGCUCUCGGUUGUUUGUCCUCUCUCGUCUGGGACCGGGCAUUUGGACUCCCUAUUGAGCGACCAAAAUCAUUUGACACACCAUCCUUCCUUAAACUGGUGAAGAAAUGAAAACAGUGAUAUCUAGGACCUUUUUAUUAUAAUAAAAUGAGAGUGAUACAGUCCAGGGUUUUUUUUUAAUAGAGGAGAAAAACUGUAAGAAAAUGUAUUUUCAAGAGGUAGAAUAUGAAUAAAUGUAUGUUUAAAAAUUUCAUUCAAUCAUAAUCAACAGGAGACAUUAGCUUGUAACAACGUAUCCACUGAACCCUUUCACCCCUUAUGUAACUUAAGUCAACUCUUCCAUGCCUUGAUCUGGAUGAGUCCAUUAUGGUCUACAGUGGUGAAAGGGUCAUACGCGUACCAAGUCUUCAUCUAGGCCAUCCAAAUUCUUCAGACCAAUCGUAAGACUUUUAUAAUAUUGUGAUGUUAAGUUGUUUACUGCUAUUCCGCUAUGUGGGGUUGAGAUUAACCAGGUGCAUUUGGGUGGUCUAGACCUGCGAUUGAAUUCAGGGCUUUGAUACUAUUAUGAAAAGGUAGCAUUUCAUGGUUUCUAAAACUCUCAAAUCUUGAUAUUGUCUGUUUUUAGAUUUAUGAUAAGUUUUGGGUGAAAAUUAUUUGGUUUGUUUUUAUACAUAUAUCUCUCCAUCAUUAAUAAUAAGAUAUUGUAUACAUAAUUGAUUGCUAUCCAUGGUGUAUUGAAUUAAGAUUUGACAUGCUGGGAUAUUUGGAGAGAAGUAACGCAUUAACCAGACUUUGGAAAAUAUAAAGCAACACUUUGCUGCAAUGCUGUAGUUGCAGCUCUAUAAGAGUAGGUCCUCUGGCUGCAGUUAAAAGAUGUACAUAUCUGUCCGAAUAUUUUCUUAGAGAUCAAGAGAGAUAUAAAAUGUGGUGCAAUCUUUAUUUUAGGAGACAGAAGACAUCUUGUACAUGUCUAAAGAGAAUUUACUGUAAAUUGUUUUGUGUGUGAAAGUUAUGUUCUAUGAAUUCUGCUAUUGCUGCCAGGAACACCAAUAUUCAAUACAACUUCAGCAGCAGCAUUUAGUCGACCUCUGUCUAGAAAUGGGUCUGUUUCCCUGAAAGGGAGUUACAGGGCACACUCUUAAUGGCCAUUAACGGACAUUCAUCGCGACUGGUGGUUUGUGUGCUAGUUAUUUAUUUAUACAAGAUUGUUCAUCACACUUCUGUAUACAUUGUGAACCCCAUAGUGCUGGAGACAUUCUUUUUUAUCUACCAGAUCAUUGGUAUUCAUUUACCACGUGAUUUAAAUUUAUUAAAAAAAAAAAAAGAGAGAAAAUU